CGUAAUUAAUUCUUGAUGUUUCCGAAAGUUGACUUACAUUUACUAUCUUCUUCGUUACUUUCCCCUCUUUUGUAAUUUCCCCAUAUUUACAUGCUCACGUUGAUGAUUCAGCAUCAUUUAUUGAUAUAUCUGCCAGAUUCCGGCACAGUCUUUUUACCGUUUGAUGUUCACGUUCAGUUUGGAGUUAUACUUACCUGUCAACAUUUGUAAUCAUUCAUUGAGCACCAGCAUACCUUUGUUAUUCAUGCUACAUUGUGUUAAUAGAGUGGAUUAUAUGACAAUAAAUAAAACGGUUAUCUUUAAUGAAGUCCAUUAUUUAAUGCCCGCAAAGAAUAGAUGGGAGUCAUUACAGUAAAAAGACUAAGGAGAUUUAUUUGGCUAGUGAUAUAACUUACCCGGCAUUCAAGAUGGCUGGUAUAGAAGACAACAUUGACUCUGCGUCAAGUACUACAUCCGAGAUGAUCAACACUGCGGAUACCGAUAAAAGAUUACGCACACUUACUGAGAGUGGUAAAGAACUUUUUGAAAACAAACAAAGAAAAUUUCUGUUAAGAAUGCAAAUCGUAAAAAGUGACCUUCAGCUUUUAGCAAGAAACAUUGAACCGUAUUCAAAUGAGUUAACAUCAUUACAGGAGUUAAAAACAGAAUUCAUGAGUGGAACUGUACGUUAUGACACAAUUUGUAAAGAAUACUUAGAUUUUCUUUCGAGGACUAACACUGCUGAAGGCAUGGAUGAAGUUAAUAAACUAUCAGGUGAAAUGCAAGAUUUUACGCAAUUUGUGGAAACAGAAAGUAAACGAAUGAACACAUUCAUUAAUGAGUUACGUGCUAUAGAGAGAGAGAAUUCCUUAGCUAGCAGAAGUUCUAGGAGAAGCCACUCAUCCAGAAAAACACAUAGUUCCUCCUCUUCAUCAGUUCUUGCAAGAGCAAGGGCCAAAGCUGAAGCUGCAAAGGUUAAAGUUCAUUUUGCAGAGAAAGAAACUUUAUUAUUGAAGGAGAAGGCUCUUAUAGAAGAGAAAAGGUCGAUAGAAUCAGCAAAAGUAGAACGCAAGAAGGCCGACAUUGAAGCCGAUUUGGACCUGCUUUCUCGACAGAAGGAAGCAGCAGCAGUUGAAGCGGAGGCUAAUGCUUUGCAAAAUGAAUGCGAUGAAAAUAUGUCACAAGUGUUGCCUGAUCAACCACAGCUUGAUUCGAAAUCUAAAACUGCUGCAUAUAUUAAUCAUGUUCAGAAACAAAUUAGUUUAAUUCAGAUGGACAAAGAAAACACUGAUGAAAUUCAUGUCGACAAAGAAAAUAAACAUUCAACUCAUAUCGAUCAAGAAAACACACAUGUUAGUGGAACAUUAGACCCACACGCAAACUCGUUCAUUCCAAGAAAAAAUGUUAUUGCAGAUACGCAUGUGUCAGACAAUCAUCCUUAUCCGAGUGAUAGAACUCUUGCUACUGAUUUCACACGUUUCUUGCUAAAACGUGAUCUCUUAAUGUCAAGGUUUAAUAUUUUUAAUGACAAACCCGAGUAUUAUCCAUCUUGGAAGGACAGUUUCAUGAAAAUAGUCAAAGAGAUUGAUGCAGAUUCAAGUGAGGAAAUAGACCUAUUGUUAAAGUGGACUGGUCCUAGUUCUAAAACACAAGUUCAAAGUAUCAAAGCUGCGAAUACUAACAAUCCGUCAAGAGCUCUAAAACUAAUCUGGGAGAGAUUAAAUGAAAGGUAUGGUAGCCCAGAGCUUAUCGAUAGUGCACUCAAGACAAAACUAGCAGCUUUUCCGCGCAUUACAAACAAAGAUUAUUUUAAGUUGUAUGAUCUGUCAGACAUCUUGUCAGAGAUAUCAUCUGUCAAAGAAAAUGACAAUUACAAGGUUAUAUUUUCCUAUUUUGACUCAUCAGUUGGUGUAACGCCAAUCGUAGCUAAGCUUCCAUAUCAGCUUCAAGAACGAUGGACUAGUAUGGCCGUUAAUUAUAACGAUAAAAACAAAACAAUAUAUCCGCCAUUUCAUGUAUUUGCUCAGUUUAUUCAGCAACAAAGUAAGGUAAAGAACAAUCCAAGUUUUUUAUAUGACAGUCAACAGGCAAACACUGGUUUUAAGGAUAAACUACCAACAGCAAAAGGGAAACUUAAUGACGUUCGUACCAGGAAAACAGACUUCGCUGAAACAAAACAUGAGAGGAGUCAAAGUGUCAAUCCUCGUGAGAAAUGUUUGAUUCAUGGUACAAACCAUACACUUAAUGAUUGUAGAACAUUCAAAUCAAAGCCAAUACAAGAACGUAGACAAUUUUUGAAGUUGAACAAAUUAUGUUUCGGAUGUUGCUUGUCAGCAUCACAUUUUAAACGGAACUGUCCUAACGCAAUCAAAUGUGGGGAGUGUGGAAAAACAGAUCACCCUACAGCACUGCACAUAAAAAAUCGAGAUCAACAGUCUACACGGCCAUCAGGUCAUGGCGGGGAGCCUGUUGAUGUGGAACAUGAAGUUCAAACUCCUAUACAAUCAGCAUGCACACAGAUUUGCAUGGAUAAAUUUGGUGGCAAAUCAUGCGCAAAGAUAAUACCUGUAGAAGUGUAUCGUAGUGACAAUCCUGAUAGAAGGCUAAAAGUAUAUGCUUUAAUGGACGAUCAAUCGAAUAGGACUUUAGGAAAAUCGGAACUCUUCGAUUACUUUGGAUCAACGAGUGUCUCUGAUUUUACCUUGUCAACAUGUUCCGGAAAAUCUCAAGCAUCUGGUCGAAAGCUUAGUGGUUUAGUCGUCGAGUCAUUAGAUAAACAAACUCAAUUACAUGUGCCUGACAUUUUAGAGUGUAACCUCAUUCCAGAUUCUAAAGACGAAAUACCUACUCAAGAAGUUGUUUUGUUUCAUAAUCAUCUCAGUGAUCUCGUGGAAUUUAUCGAACCUCUUGACGAAGAGUCCGAAAUCUUGCUCUUAAUUGGACGUGAUCUCAUUUCUGCUCAUCACGUGCUUGAUCAAAGAAUUGGAUCUGGGAAUGCGCCUUAUGCACAGAAACUUCCUCUGGGAUGGACAGUUAUUGGUGAAACUUGUCUCGGAAAACUGCACUAUCCAGACGAAACUCGUGUUAAAAAGACAUACUUACUUUCUUCCGAUAGAAUAUCGAUAUUUCCACCAUGUACAAGUGAACUUAAAAUUGAUGAAGUGCGUACACUUGAAGUUAAUGAAAGUGCAUACGACAACAUUGGAAAAGAUGUGUUUAUUCGCCGUCCUGAUGAUGAUAAACCUGGACUGUCUCGUGAUGACAGAGAAUUUAUAGAAUCUAUGGAUACAAACUUUUGGAAGGACUCAAGUGGUAAUUGGUCCGCCCCAUUACCGUUUCGACAAGAUCGUCAAGUUCUACCAAAUAACAGAAAUCUAGCAUGGAAAAGAGCCAAAGGUCUAGAUGCAAAUCUUCGCAAAGAUCUUCAGAAGCGUGAACAUUUCUUCACUUUCAUGAAUACAAUUCUAGAAAAGGGUCAUGCUGAGAAGGCCCCACAUAUCAACGAUGAUCAGGAACAAUGGUAUUUGCCAAUAUUCGGGGUUUAUCACCCCAAGAAACCUGGGAAACUUCGUGCUGUGUUUGAUUCCUCUGCACAAUUUGAUGGCGUGUCUCUUAACAAUGUGUUGCUUAGUGGACCAGAUUUGACGAAUAAUCUAAUCGGUGUUUUGCUCCGCUUCCGUAGGGAGCAAGUGGCCAUCAUGGGCGAUAUAGAACAAAUGUUUUACAGUUUUAAAGUUGAUGAAAAGCACAGAGACUAUCUACGAUUUUUCUGGUACACCGACAAUGAUUUUGACAAACCUCUAACAGUGUAUCGCAUGUGUGUGCACGUAUUCGGUAAUAGUCCUAGUCCUGCUAUUGCGUCAUACGGACUUAGAAAAACUGCCAUGGAAGGAGAAAAUGAGUUCGGCUCCGAUAUGCUUGAUUUUGUCACUAGAGAUUUCUACGUUGAUGAUGGUUUAACUUCGAAACCUUCUAGCGCCGAAGCAAUUGAUCUCAUGAAGAGAACUAAGUCAGCUUUAAAAUCUAUUGGUAACAUUCGACUACACAAGAUAUCUUCAAAUGUUGAGGAAGUUAUGCAUUCGUUUGAUAAUGAAGAUCUUGCAAAGAGUCUUAAGGAUCUCGACCUUAGUUCCGAUAUUCUUCCAGUACAACAUAGCCUUGGUAUGAACUGGGACCUUGAAACUGAUACUUUCAUGUACUGCAUCGAUAGAGAUGUCAAACCGUAUACUCGUCGAGGAUUAUUGUCAACAAUUAACAGUAUAUUUGAUCCUCUUGGAUACUUAGCGCCAGUAACUAUUAAAGGAAAAUUACUGCUCAGAUCAGUUAUGACAGGACAGAUCUUGUGGGAUGAACCGUUACCGGAAGAGGUUUACAACGAGUGGGAAUCUUGGAGAACGUCACUCUUUGAUUUGGAAACAGUAAAAUUCAAAAGGAUGUUUGUACCUACUUCAUUUACUUUAGCGAAAACAAGAAAGAUACACAUUUAUUCUGACGCAUCAGAGAAGGCAAUAGCCGCAGUUGGUUACAUACAACUAGAUGACGAUAAGAAUUUUGGUUUUAUUAUGGGAAAGGCAAAGGUUGCACCCAGUCACAGUCAUACGAUUCCACGCUUAGAACUAUGUGGAGCUUUGCUAGCAACAGAAAUAGGACAAACAAUAUCCGACCAGUUAGAUAUACCUUUGUCUGAUAUUCAGUAUUAUACCGAUAGUAAAGUUGUACUAGGGUACAUCUUCAAUUCAUCACGACGAUUUUACAAUUAUGUGUCAAACCGUGUUGCGAAAAUCCACACAGUGUCAAAUUCCGAGCAAUGGUCUUAUGUGCAUACAGAUGGCAACCCAGCCGAUCUGGCAACUCGAUCAAUUAUUCCUUCGAAAUUAGAAAAUAGUAUAUGGCUAUCUGGUCCGGUGAUAAAAAAGGAUGCCGAUGAAACUAUUGAAAGAUUUUCUCUCAUCAAUCCUGACACAGAUAACGAAAUACGUCCUGACAUUACAACUAGAAAAACAACGAGUCUCGAGAAACUCUCCUUAGGAUCACAACGAUUCGAAAGAUUCGGAAACUGGAAGUCACUUGUUAGAUCAAUUGCGCUGAUAAAGAACUUUCUUGUUAAUAGAAUCUCAAAAGAAACUAGGUGUCGAUUCAGGGAUGCAGAGAUGUUCGUUGUUGGAGUUGUGCAAAACGAGAUUUUUUCAGACGAAAUCGAUUGUAUUAAAAAUGGCAAGCCACUACGUGGAAAUAGUGCACUGUUACAGUUAAGUCCAUUUAUCGACAAUGAAGGCAUUCUGCGUGUUGGUGGGCGUAUCAAAAUGGCAAAUGUACAACCCGAUGAAAGGAAUCCAAUCUUAAUACCUAGUAGACAUUGGAUUGCAACUUUGAUAAUUCGUUACUUUCAUCAAAAGAUAAAACACCAAGGAAGACAAUUUACAUCAGGAGCGAUACGAACAGGAGGAUACUGGAUAUUAGGUGAAAAGCGUCUUGUUUCAUCAAUAAUUUACAAGUGUAUAACUUGCCGCAAGCUUCGAAGGCAUACCGAACAACAAAAAAUGGCUGACUUGCCUGAAGACCGUGUGAUCCCUGAAACACCGUUUACAUCUAUAGGGAUUGACACCUUUGGACCUUGGUCCGUCAUAAGCCGACGCACUAGAGGUGGCGUUGCGAAUUCAAAGCGUUGGGCCGUAAUUUUUACAUGUCUAGUCACAAGAGGUGUUCACCUAGAAGUAGUGGAGGAAAUGACUUCCUCGUCGUUUAUUAACGCCUUCAAACGUUUCAUAGCUAUUCGAGGGGAAGUAAAACUAAUUAGGUCUGACAGAGGUACUAAUUUCGUCGGAGCCACUGACCAACUUGGUAUUGAUAGUAUCAAUGUAGAAGAUGGACCAAUAAAGGAACAUUUAUAUGAUAAUGGCAUAGAGUGGCAUUUUAAUUCACCUCAUUCAUCUCAUAUGGGAGGUAUAUGGGAAAGAAUGAUAAAAACAACGCGAUCAAUCCUAGACUCUAUGUUAGCAGAACUUCCUGGAAAAGAACUAUCACAUGAAGUGUUAGUAACAUUGUUAGCGGAAGUGUCUGCGAUAAUUAACUCCAGGCCUUUAACAUGUGUACCUACGGACUCUGAUGACCCAUUACCUCUCACACCUAAUCUUAUCAUCACUCAAAAGCCUAGUGUAUUAAUUCCAAAGGAUGUGUCAUUCGAUUGUAAAGACAUGUAUUAUGCACAGUGGAAGCGUGUACAAUACCUUUCGAACGUUUUCUGGAAACGUUGGCGAGUGGAAUACUUGCAAACUUUACAAGUUCGACAGAAAUGGACUCAAGAAAGAGAAAACAUUCAAGAAGGAGAUGUCGUGUUGCUUAAGGACAACCAAGUUAAUCGUUUAAGUUGGCCAAUGGGAAUAGUCACUAAAACAUUCCCUAGUGCUGACAAUUUAGUACGUAAGGUAGAAAUUCGUAUAGUGCGUACUGUGGACAAAGACUGUGUGAAACCAGCUUUCUUCAUUAGACCAGUGACAGAACUUGUGCUAUUGUCAAAAACUUAUGAAUAGUGUAGUGGCAUAAAUAGCAUGCCAGACGGGGAGUGUACUGACUCGUCCGUAAUUAAUUCUUGAUGUUUCCGAAAGUUGACUUACAUUUACUAUCUUCUUCGUUACUUUCCCCUCUUUUGUAAUUUCCCCAUAUUUACAUGCUCACGUUGAUGAUUCAGCAUCAUUUAUUGAUAUAUCUGCCAGAUUCCGGCACAGUCUUUUUACCGUUUGAUGUUCACGUUCAGUUUGGAGUUAUACUUACCUGUCAACAUUUGUAAUCAUUCAUUGAGCACCAGCAUACCUUUGUUAUUCAUGCUACAUUGUGUUAAUAGAGUGGAUUAUAUGACAAUAAAUAAAACGGUUAUCUUUAA